AGCGGUGAACAAAUAUCAGGACCAAGUGCCGUUGUACAUUGUAGAGGAUUACCAUUGACUGCCACUGAAGUGGAUUUGAGAUCACUUCUUUCGUCCUAUGGACGUGUUGAGAACGUUUGCAUAUUGCGUAAAGGACAAGCAUUGAUUGAGAUGGAUUCGAUACAAUCCUCAACAGCCAUCAUCGACUCCACGACGCCCAUCAGCUUAUACGGACAAAAAAUACAAUUCUCUUACUCUAAGAGCCAACAUUUGAAUCAACCAUCAAAGAAGAGCAAUGCCCCUAUGGGCGCGGCACCACAACAGAGUGCAGGCAACAUCUUGCUCUGCUCCAUCAUGACGCCACUCUACCCAAUCACAACCAAUGUGCUCCACACCAUCAUGUCACCAUAUGGUCGCGUCCUCAAGAUAGUCAUCUUCCAAAAGAAAGGCAUCCAAGCAUUUGUUGAGUUCGAAUUGUCAUACUCGGCAUGGGCUGCCAAGGAGGCACUCAAUGGACAGGACAUCUACACAGGCAGCUGCACUUUACAGAUCGACUUUGCUCGUGUGAGCACCUUGAACGUUAGACAGAACGAUGAUAAGACGUUUGAUUACACAUUGGAUCCAUACCAGACUGGAAUGAUCCCACCACAAGCAUCACCAUACGGUGCAUUCCCUCAGGCUGCUGCCGCCUCUUCGUACGGCAAGCCAAUGGCCUCGCCCUACGGCAAUGUGAUGGCGCCACCCGCUGCCUAUCCCACCCAGCCACAGGUGCACCCCGGCUUCAUGGGCUACCCAAUGGAGCAGGCAGGCAUGCCAUCCAGCGUCAUCAUGGUGCACAAGCUGCCCGAGAACGUCACAUCUGAUCACCUGUUCAACCUGUUCUGUCUGUACGGCACAGUGGUCAAGGUCAAGAUGCUCCACGCCACCAAGGCUGGUGCCAUGAUACAGAUGGCCGACUCUGUAAUGGCCGACUCUGCCAUCCACUGUUUAAAUCAAGUGUUGGUCUUUGGCCAGAAGUUACAAGUGUUCCACUCAAGGCAUCAAUCAAUCGCAGACUCUGACAAGACAAAAGACUACACCGACUCACCUUACAAUCGAUUCAAGGCAGGUGGCAACACAUACAAGAAUAUAUACAAACCAUCGGCAACUCUCCACUUUUUAAAUGUACCCAACACAUUCUCAGAGCAAGAUUUGAUCAAUGUAAGUCUACUAGUACCAUCGAUAGAGUGUGAGACUACU